UUCCAUCAAAUCAAACGAGUUAGUGCGUCUCUGCGAGGAAGAGAGAGAAACAAGAGAGAGAGCGCGCGAAUUACAAAUUGAAAAAAAGGCAAAAAUUCCAUUCUAUGCAAAAAGGUGUUCUGGUCUUCUGGAAUUGGAAUACUACUCAGAGAGACAAGAUUGCACGAAAGAAGAAACUUCUUUCACACUUCUCCCACCCGAUUCCGACAUUUCUUCUUCUUCUUCCACGGUCCCUUUCUCCACCUCCUUCUUCUUCUUCUUAUUGGGUAGUGCUCCGAAGUCCAAAUACUAAUCCAGUAAAAUCCUACUUUCUCUGCAAUCCAAUCAACUACCCAUAUAAUUAUAAGGAUAUAUUUAAAUAUUAUCAAUUUGGUAAAGCUUUUUCCUGAGGGAAUUUUAGUAAAGUAACUCAAAAUCGAUAUUAAAUCCAUCUCCUACUUCAAUCCCCACAAAAAACCCAGUGUGUUAAGGUGGAUGCUUCUUCUUCUUCUUCUUCGUCUUUGUCUUAGUCUUCUGCUCAAGAAGACGGAGUUGACAGAGCGGGAUUGAAACUAUGGUGGUCCGGAAGGUCGGGAAAUAUGAGGUGGGUAGGACAAUUGGAGAAGGGACGUUCGCGAAGGUCAAGUUCGCUCAGAACACAGAGACUGGUGAAAGCGUCGCCAUGAAAGUGCUAGACCGUAGUACCAUCAUCAAACACAAGAUGGUUGACCAGAUUAAGAGGGAGAUAUCCAUAAUGAAGCUUGUUAGACAUCCAUAUGUUGUCCGUCUACGUGAGGUUCUUGCCAGCCGUACAAAAAUUUAUAUAAUCUUGGAGUUCAUUACAGGCGGUGAAUUGUUUGAUAAAAUAGUUCACCAAGGGCGAUUGAAUGAAACUGAGUCACGAAGAUACUUUCAACAGCUCAUUGAUGGUGUGGAUUAUUGCCACAGCAAGGGAGUUUACCACCGAGAUUUAAAGCCUGAAAAUCUUCUGCUGGAUUCCCAAGGAAAUCUGAAAAUUUCAGAUUUUGGCCUUAGUGCAUUUUCUGCCCAAGGAAUUAGCCUCCUUCGUACCACCUGUGGGACUCCCAACUAUGUUGCACCAGAGGUACUCAGCCAUAAGGGUUAUGAUGGUGCUGUAGCAGAUGUCUGGUCUUGUGGUGUUAUUCUUUAUGUUUUGAUGGCAGGAUAUCUCCCAUUCGACGACAUUGAUCUCACCACUCUUUAUAGUAAGAUAGAGCAAGCAGACUUUUCAUGCCCAUCCUGGUUUUCAGUUGGGGCAAACUCUCUGAUUCAAAGAAUUCUGGACCCAAAUCCUGAAACUCGCAUUCACAUUGAAGAGAUCAGGAAUGAUGAAUGGUUUAGGAAGGGCUAUGUUCCUGUUAGACUUGUUGAGUAUGAGGAUGUUAACCUGGAUGAUGUAUAUGCUGUUUUUGAUGAUCCUGAGGAGCAGCAGGUUAAUGAGAAAUCUGGGAAGGAAGACAUGGGUCCUCUGAAUCUAAAUGCCUUUGACCUAAUCAUUCUCUCUCAAGGGCUGAACCUGUCAGCAUUGUUUGACCGUCAGCAGGACUGUGUGAAGCAUCAAAUGCGCUUUGUAUCUCAAAAACCAGCAAAAGUUGUUCUGUCAAGCAUGGAAGUCGUUGCACAAUCAAUGGGGUUCAAAACCCAUAUCCGUAAUUAUAAGGUUUUUGAAGUUGCUCCGUCAUUUUUCAUGGUGGACAUUAAUAAGGCAGCUGGAGAUGCAGUUGAAUUCCCCAAGUUCUACAAGAAAUUUUGCAGUAAACUUGAGGAUAUUAUCUGGAAACCACCAAAUGAGACCAGCAAGUCAUGGAAAACCAAAUCAACGAAGCGCUAGUUUUGUUUUCUAUAACCUCUCUGUGCUUUCACGUGUAAAUAUAUGUUGGAUUGACCACAUUAUCUGAGUGGAUGAUAAAUGCAAUUUUGUGACUCACAGGUUGCGGCAGCUUGUGUGCAGUAUAUCUAACGCAUAUUGGAUAUGUAGAAGUAGAACUCAUUUAUCAUAUUUUGCAUUGUCUGUGCUUGUUUGUUGUAAAAGGCCAUAGAUGAACUCAUAAAGAGAUGAAAAAAGUUGAGUUCCUCAGUUGAAAUUUCA